CGCGUUGUCGAUGUGCUCGUGGCGUGCGCGCGUGUUGGUUUCCCUCAACAGAAGCUCGAGUUGACCGACACCGUCAUCGGCUGUCAUUUCCAGAAGCCCGCGUACCGUGCUUAACCAGAUCUCGAGCGUAAACCUUUCUCGGAGGGAACCGGGGGAACGUUUUUAGAAUCAGGCAUGGCUACCAUUCAUGCUGCCCUGCAAUCCGUUGUGAAAUACUUCAAUCCUUCGAAAGCAGUCAGGCACACCGAUGAUUCCAGGAUCAGCGCAAUCCAAUACAAAGGUGUGUUCGGGGUUUUGGUGACUUGUGCCAUCUUGUCUGGAUUGCAGAGCUGGUUUUCGAGGAUCGAUUGCUCCAAGCCCGAUAGUAGCGAUUUCGAUAAAAAGUACGCUGAAGAGUGGUGCUACGCGAACUCUACGUUCCUCGUUGAAGAUGCAGAUGGUGGGCUCGAUAUCGGGAAUCCGCACUCGCGAACUGUCGUGGGACAGUUCUUCCUCCGAUAUUACCAAUGGGUGACCCUCGCUCUGGUUCUCCAGGCGGCCUGCUUCCAGGCUCCGCGAUUGCUUUGGAAGUUCGCCGAACGUGGCCGAGUCCGUAAAAUGGUGGAUCGCGUCGCGAAUCUCGAAUUCGCCUCAGCUCAAGAGCGCACCGAAGCUGUGAAGAGCUUGGCCAAGUAUUAUCUCGAUGAGGAUCGGAGGGAGUCCCAUCAAAACUAUUUCUUGUGCUUCGCUUCCUGUCAGUUGCUCUACCUAAUCAAUGUGAUUGUGCAAAUUUCGUUCACGCAGGCUUUCCUCCACGACGCCUUCCUCGGAAUGUUUCCUUUGUGGCUUCAGGGGUCUCCGUCUUGGAAUAGAGUUUUUCCGAAGCGGGCUCAGUGUAGUUUAGUCAUUAGCGGCGCCGCUGGCAAUACCCAGCGCCAAGACGUGCUCUGUCUCCUCUCUAUGAACGUGCUCUUCGAGAAGAUGUAUGUUCUUAUCUGGCUCGUCUUCGCCGUUGCACUCGUUUCCGCUAUCGUUCAGAAUCUCUUGGUUGGAAUGACAAUAAUGUCGGGAAGCGAAACCAGCAAGGACGGGAAGGGAAAACAAUAUGCACAAAAUUUGUCCGAUCGGCUUCUUCUGAGUUUCUUGGAGCAGAGUUUAGACCGAGCCGUCUAUCAAGAGUUACUUCGUGAGAUAGAUCCGGAGGUGAGAGUGGCGCGUGUAUGAAACAUCGUUGAUUGUGAAGCUCUCGUCUCAGUCGAGAUUGUUUUAAAGCCCCUCCUCUUAAUUUAAUUGAAUACUAGAAAUUCAGGUAUAGAACAGGAAACGUUGGAGUGAAUAAAUUUAUUUAUUUAUGUUUUAAA